AUGUUCCCCAUACGUAUAUUUUGGAUGACUGUACUUAUUUCUCAGAUUGAAGAAAAGGGGAUUGUUGGAGUAGAGGGUCAACAACUGGUUCGUCCUAAAAAGCUUCCCCCGAUACGGAAGCGGGAUCUUGAGCACACCCAUGACUCAGAUAUGCCGGAGGCAUAUGAAGAAGAAUUGUUGUAUGAAAUAAAAUUGGGCAGAAAAACUUUAAUCCUUCACCUUCUGAAAUCAAGGGAAUUCCUCACCUCAAAUUACAGUGAGACAUACUACAAUGUAAAGGGAGAGAUGCUCAUCAAACAUCCACCGAUCUUGGAUCAUUGCUUUUACCAAGGGUCUGUCAUACAUGAAUUCGAUUCUGCGGCUAGUAUCAGCACUUGCAACGGUCUGAGGGGUUUCUUCAGAGUGAAUGACCAACGGUAUCUCAUUGAACCGGUGAAAUACUCAGAUGACGGAGAACAUUUGGUGUUCAAAUACAACAUUAAGGCGCCCUAUGCUACCAACUACUCCUGUGCAGGGCUCAAUUUUACCAAGAAGUCUGCUCCAAUAGAUGUUAAAAACAUAAACGAGCACAAACUGGAAGGCUUCCACAAAGAAAAAUUUAUUGAGCUGUUCAUUGUUGUUGAUGACUAUGUGUACCACAGGAAUAACAGACCCCAAAACAAGCUAAGGAAACGAAUUUGGGGAAUGGUCAAUUUUGUCAACAUGAUAUAUAAAACCUUGAACAUUCAUGUGGCAUUGGCUGGCCUUGAAAUAUGGUCAGCUGGAGACAAGAUAGAAAUCACGUCAAAUCUAGAAACUGCCUUAUUGCAUUUUUCAACUUGGCAAGAAACAGUUCUCAAGAAAAGGAAGGAUUUUGAUCAUGUGAUUUUACUGAGUGGGAAGUGGCUCUACACACCUAUGCAAGGAAUUGCUCACCCAAGAGGAAUGUGCCAAGCCCUGCGUUCCUGCAGCAUUGUUAAGGAUCUUCUACCAGAUGUAAAUAUAAUUGGGAACAGAAUGGCGCAUCAGCUGGGGCAUAGCCUGGGCAUGCAACAUGAUGAGUUUCCCUGUACCUGUCCUGUGGGGAAAUGUGUGAUGGGCGGAAGUGGAAGCAUCCCUGCAAUAAAAUUCAGUAAAUGCAGCCAAACCCAAUACCAGCAAUAUCUGAAUGAUCAGAAGCCGGCGUGCAUAUUCAACAAUCCACUGCCUGCUGAUGUUAUUGAGUACCCAUUUUGUGGGAACAAGAAGGUAGACGAAGGAGAAGAGUGUGACUGUGGAUCAGUUCAGGAAUGCACCAACCCUUGCUGUGACGCACGCAAAUGUGUCCUGAAGCCGGGAUUCACUUGUGUGGAAGGAGAGUGCUGCAAAUCAUGUCAGAUUAAGAAGGAAGGGACCAUAUGUAGGCCAGCGAAAAAUGAAUGCGACUUUCCUGAAAUGUGUACUGGCCACUCCCCUGAGUGUCCUAAGGACCAGUUCCAGGUCAACGGGUUUCCUUGCAAGAAUGGCGAAGGCUACUGCUUUAUGGGGCAGUGUCCCACUCCAGAUGAUCAGUGCUCAGAGUUGUUCAGUGAUGGAGCCCAAGAGAGUCACGGUCUUUGCUACAAGAUAAAUAAAAAAGGAAACAGAUUUGGAUACUGCAAGAAAAAGGGAAACACGUUUGCUCCCUGUGAAGAAAAAGAUCUCAAAUGUGGAAAGAUCUUCUGUGCUGGAGGGCAGCGCUCGUCACAGCUCGGAGAGAAUAAAGUGUAUAGCCUAACUAAUCAGAAGCAGAAUGUGACCAUCAAAUGCAAGACCAUGUUUUUAAACCACAAUUCUAGAGACAUGGGCCUGGUUAAUUCUGGAACAAAAUGUGGGGACGGAAUGGUCUGCAGCUAUGGCGAAUGCGUACAAAUGGAAAAGGCCUACAACUCCAGCAGCUGCCCCUCCCCGUGUGAGGAAAGCGCUGUGGAUGACCGAGAACACGAGUGUCAAUGUGAGGAUGGAGCAAUAAUUACCGACUGGGGAGAAACAUUAAACCUUACCAGUGUUUCUAUCAUGGUCGUUGUGCUUGUCAUGGUCAUCAUUGGGGUUGGACUUGUCACAUUACUAGUCCGCUACCAGAAAUGCAUCAAGAUGAAGCCAGUUCAAGACUCUCCUAGGGAAAUGCGGGGAGUGGAGAAUAAAGGAUACUUUCCUGAUGAGAACCCUACAAGGAGGGACCCAGUCCUGACAGAUAUCCAUCCCCUACAUAGUGCUGCGGAGACACUGGAGAGCCUUCCGUCCAGCUUCUCAAGCCCUCACUACAUCACACUGAAAUCUGUCUGCAAGGAUUCAAGAGGCAUUGCAGAUCUCAAGCAAAGUGAUGACGUGAACUUGAAACUGGAUAUCCAGAAUGGCUGCGCAAGACUGGGAUGA